AUGGACAAGCUCAAGAAGAUCUUCUCUCCUGGCCACGAGAAUGACGAGGCCGUCUUGUACAAUCACCCCAAGACCAUCAGCCCGUCUGGCGCGAGAGAGAGUCCCCUCCAGGGAGAGCACCACACCAGCUCAAGCACAAAGGACACAGACCUCAGACACAAUGUCCUCGACCCUCAGAGCAACACCAGCAGACCUCCCAUCUCUGACAAUGUUAGCACAGCAAGUAUCAGAUCAGGUGUUGUUGGCGCCGGUCAGGAGCCUCGCGGUGUAGAGGGCAGCGGUUUCACAGACUAUGGCUCCUCCACUGGCGGUCUAUCGGCAGCACAGCAGACGCUCCCCGUCAGAAGCGCCUCCCCUGUAGGUCAAAACCGUCCCAGACCUACACAAAUGGAAACUGCGGAUCCCAGAGGGUUUGUCACCAGCUCACACGCACACAAGGGUCUUGGUCACAACUACAACGGUGACCCCUGCCCAGAAGGUGAUGAGCCAUUUGUACCAGGUUACCCUCACCACCAGCAAGGUCCUCACAGCACAGACAUUGCCAACGCCCUCGACCCCCACGUGCCUGGUGGCUUCCCUUCAGACGACGGUCUUGAAACACAAGAACGCAGAAGAGAUGGUGGCCUGAGCACCACAGCGUCCGCUAGCAGCCAUCACCUUGGCAGAGAUUCUGCUCUCGGAGCAGGCGCCGGAGCUGCCGCUGUCGGUAGCUACGAGGCUCUCGAGCACCGUGGUCACUCCUCCACUUCGCAGACAGGCGCAUACGACAACACCAGCUCGACUGGCAUGUCUUCUUCGACUACAAACCGCUCGUUCCCUCUCAGCAGUCACCCCACUACUAGUACAUCCGAGACUCCAAGGGACAGUCACCUGGGCAGAGAUGCUGCUCUCGUCGGAGGUGGACUCGGCGCCGCUGGACUCGGAGCACACGAGGCCGGAUCCCAUAGGCCUUCCCAUGAGAUCGAAGGCUACGAAGACCAGCGCUUCGAUCCUUCUGUUGCCUCUGGCGACAAGGCCACCCGCAUCCCCAACCUGAUGUACGGUACUUCCGACAAGUCUACCCACUCAGGACAGACCGACUCCACCAACUAUGGUAGAGAUGCUGCCUUGGCAGGAGGUGCUGGUGUUGCUGGUUCCCAGUUGUCGGGCUACAACCACGGUGGUCGCACCGAGACUGAUCCUGCUUCCAAGACCAUUGGCCCUCACAAGAGCAACCUCAUGAACAUUGUCGACCCCCGCGUUCAGCCUGAGCCUGAGAAGAUGAAGGACAGAACUACCGCAGGUCCUCACCAGAGCGACAUGAUGAACCGCGCUGACCCUCGUGUCGAUUCUGACCUGUCUAAGCAGGGCAACCACCAUGCCAGAGACGCAGCCUUGGCCGGUGGAGCUGGCGCUGCUGGAGUCGGCGCCUACGAGUAUGGCCAGCGCCACGGUAGCACUACUAAGAGCGUUGGCAGCUCCUCUUUCGCUCCUGGCUCAACCGUUACUGCCGCUGUCGCGGACCCUAACCAUGACCCAAUCCUCGAGCAGCAGAGACAUGAACGUGAACGCGCUCUCGCAGCUGCCAUGGGUAGCGGCUCAGGAGCCGGCGGUGUUGGCGCCUACGAGCAGGGCGUGCCUCACAGCAGCACUGGUCACAGCACCAUUGAAUCUCCCUUCGCUUCUAGAUCUACCAACCGGGCUGACGUCGUUGGCUCUAACACUAAUGCCUCUUACGCACAGCAGGAGCCUCACCACGGGCGUGAUGCCGCCAUCCUUGGUGGUGCAGGAGCUGCUGGCGCUGGCGCUUACGAAUACAACAAGCACCGUGAUACAGGCACUAGCGAGAGCAUUGGAAGCUCGGCUUUCGAUCCUCGCUCCACGAACACUGCCAACUACGUCGACCCUAACCAUGACCCCAUCCUUGAGCAGCAGAGACAGGAGCGCGAACGCGCUCUUGCUGCUGCUAUGGUUGCCGGUGGUGCCGGCACUGUCGGUGCAGGUGCAUACGAACACAACAAGCACCAUGGCAGCAGCGCUGCUGGUAGCAACGUUGGCACUUCAUCAUUCGAUCCUCGUUCCACAAACACAAGCAACGUUGUCGACCCCAGCACUGAUCCAACCCUCGCUCAGCGGAACCAGGGCCACCACUACGGCCGCGACGCCGCCGUGGUAGGAGGUACUGGAGCCGCAGGAGCAGGUGCCUACGAGUACGCAAAGCACCAUGGCAGUGCCGCUGACAACAACCUCGGUACCUCAACCCUCGCCCCUGGCACGACCGCCGUGGCAGGUGUUGCAGACCCGAACCACGACCCUCUGCUUGCUCAGCAAAGAGAGGAGCGUUCCCACUUUAGUCGUGACGCUGCAGUUGCUGGAGGAGCUGGAGCAGCUGGCUACACUGCCGCCGAGGCACUCAACCCCAAGGAGCAGGAAAAGCUUCUCAAGCACCAACAAAAGGAGCGCGAACACGAGCUGCACAAACAAGAGAAGGCCCUCGCCAAGGACCGCGAGCAUCAGCAGAAGAGCCUCGCUGCCGCUUCUCAGCACUCGCACGAGAAGGAAGCCAAGCAGCACAAGCAUGACCUCGAAAAGGCCGAGAAGCAACGUGAAAAGGAAGCCGACCGUUCGGAAAAGGAAGCCGAAAAGGCGACCAGAGAGAACGAGCAUCCCGACAAGAAGAAGCACGGUCUCCUUGGCUUCCUCCACCGCGACAAGAAGCACGAACCUGAAGAGGACCUUCGCCAACAGGGCCGCCUCCAAGAAGCCGACAUUGCAGCCCACGAACGUCAUCAGCGCGAAUUGGAAGCCGCCGCCGCUCGUGGCUCUGUCCCUGUUGCAGGCGCGAGAUUCGAGCCUUCGCUUGAUGAGCAAAGAGCGGACUACUCUGGCGUUGAUCAAUACUCUGGCAUUGAGGAAAAGGGACAUCAGACUGUCUCUACGGGUGGAGAUGGCAGACACAGAUUGCACAAGGAUCCUCCUGCCAGCGUACUCAAGGAGCGUGGUCUGGAUAGUGAUCAGGCUUCUUAUGGCAGUGGAAGCCGUGGUCUCUAA